AUGCCGUUGAUUGAAUCAGAGGCUGCUAUGGCAGAGACAUCACCAAACGAUCUCCCUGAUCGUCUUCCUUUCCCCGCCCACCACCUACUCCCAUAUCUUGCAUUCUACCGCACACUUGCACCCAAGUCGCGUGUCAUUCCAUUGACUGCUCCUUUUGUUAAAUACCUCCGCGCUGACGGCAUUGUUCUCCCACCCGAGGCCGUCGUCCCAACCGACGAUGAUAACCUAGACACAUUCUCCGAUUCGGGCGAGGAGGAGCCCGAUCCAUCUACAGAAUGGCAGGAGAUCCACUCCCAGAUCAAGAAUACCAUCUCGGAAUUUGGUGGCAUUGUCACACCGAAAUUAAACUGGAGUGCUCCCAAAGAUGCAACCUUCAUGGCCGCCACAAACGACACACAAUGCCGUUCUCCGAAUGAUAUCUACCUCCUCCUGAAAAGCAGCGACUUCAUCACCCAUGAUUUAGAUCAUCCCUUCGACGACUGUGUACCGGAUACAACCGACGACGAACCCACGUCAUCCACCGUUGACUCACCGCUGCCGGAUGUUCCGUAUUCUCUGGUUCUUCGCAAAUAUGUCAACUUCAACCCUUCGCUCGAGUUCCGGUGCUUUGUGCGCAACCGUGUACUUCUUUGCAUGACGCAGCGCGAUCAAAAUCACUUCGACUUCCUCUUCCCCAUGCGUGAUAUGCUUCGGUCUCGUAUCCAGUCAUUCUUCGAUGAGAAGCUCAAGAACACCUUCCCAGAAUCCAACUUUGUAUUCGACGUCUAUAUCCCCGCGCCACACCAGCGUGUCUGGUUGAUUGAUAUCAAUCCGUGGGCGCAACGUACUGACCCGUUACUGUACAGUUGGUUGGAGAUUCUCCAGAUGAAGGAUCCGAUCGGUGUGCAAGAGGAAGAAGAUGAUGGAGCGGAAGAGUUUGUGAGAAUCUCACUUCAUGAUGGUAAAGUUAUCACUUCCGACCCGGCGGAAGAGCUUGAAAAAGAAGAUGAUUCUUCUUCCGACUCAGAGGACGAACAUGAAGGUGCCGAAGGAGAUGACGAGCAGGCCCCCUUCCUUCCAGAAUUCCGUCUCAUCAAGAAGGAUGAUCCCGAGGCGUACGCAUUCAGCUCCACUCAGUAUUCGGCUCACAAGGUGCCGAAGGAGUUGGUCGAUGCUUCGCUUGAGGGGCCUGGCGGCAUGAGUGAAUUCAUGGGUCAGUGGCAGGAUAUCCUGAAGAAGCAGGAGCAAGAGGAUCGGGCCGCUGACAGUGACUCCGAAUAA